GCUCUGAAACUAAGAUUUUGAGUGGUGCUUCCAAUGCUUCUUGUCAGUCGAGUGCCCAAGUCGAAGUUCUACACGACGCCGUUUACCACGGGCCCCCAAAUUCUCGUUGGUAUUCGAAACUCAAGAACCUUUUCAUUCAACACCGCCACGAACGAUUCUACUUCUACUUCCACUUCCACGAAUUCUUUCAAUAUCAUCAAAUCACACAAGUAUCUUCUCUUUCACCACCUUAACAAUCGAAGUUUAGAUGAAGCUCGCGCCAUCUUCGAUCAAAUCCCUACCCCGCACGUUUCCCUAUACACCAUAAUGCUCCAUGCUUACGCACAGAACCACAGACUCCGCGAAGCUAUCGACCUCUUUCGUAGAAUUCCCUUCAAGGACGUCGUUUCCUGGAACUCCAUCAUCAAGGGGUGUCUUCAUUGCGGCGAUAUCGUCACCGCCCGAAAGCUGUUCGACGAAAUGCCCCGCCGAACCGUCGUGUCGUGGACCACCCUCGUCGACGGGUUACUGCGCUUGGGAAUUGUUCAAGAGGCUGAAACCUUGUUCUGGGCAAUGGAACCUAUGGACAGGGACGUGGCUGCGUGGAAUGCAAUGAUUCAUGGGUAUUGUAGCAAUGGUAGAGUUGAUGAUGCUUUGCAAUUGUUCUGCCAAAUGCCUUCGAGGGAUGUGAUUUCUUGGAGUUGCAUGAUUGCUGGGCUUGAUCACAAUGGGAAGAGUGAACAAGCAUUGGUUCUUUUUCGUGACAUGGUGGCUUCUGGCGUGUGUUUAUCUUCUGGUGUCUUGGUUUGCGGGUUGUCUGCUGCUGCUAAGAUACCGGCUUGGCGUGUGGGGAUUCAAAUUCAUUGCUCUGUGUUCAAGCUGGGUGACUGGCAUUUUGAUGAAUUUGUUUCUGCUUCGCUUGUCACUUUUUAUGCUGGUUGCAAGCAGAUGGAAGCUGCGUGCAGGGUUUUUGGUGAGGUGGUUUAUAAGAGUGUGGUGAUAUGGACUGCUCUAUUGACAGGGUAUGGUUUGAAUGAUAAGCAUAGAGAGGCAUUGGAGGUGUUUGGAGAAAUGAUGAGAAUUGAUGUGGUUCCGAAUGAAUCUUCCUUCACCAGUGCUUUGAAUUCUUGUUGUGGAUUGGAGGAUAUUGAGAGGGGGAAAGUGAUCCAUGCUGCAGCGGUUAAGAUGGGUUUAGAAAGUGGCGGAUAUGUGGGAGGUUCUCUUGUUGUCAUGUAUAGUAAAUGUGGUUAUGUCAGUGAUGCAGUGUAUGUAUUUAAGGGGAUUAAUGAGAAAAAUGUUGUCUCGUGGAACUCAGUCAUUGUUGGUUGUGCACAGCAUGGAUGUGGCAUGUGGGCUCUAGCACUCUUUAACCAAAUGUUGCGGGAAGGGGUUGAUCCUGAUGGAAUUACAGUGACUGGUUUGCUUUCUGCUUGUAGUCAUUCUGGGAUGUUACAGAAAGCAAGGUGCUUCUUCCGAUACUUUGGCCAGAAAAGAUCAGUUACUCUUACAAUUGAGCACUAUACAAGCAUGGUGGAUGUACUUGGACGAUGUGGAGAGCUCGAGGAAGCAGAAGCAGUGGUGAUGAGCAUGCCAAUGAAAGCAAAUUCAAUGGUAUGGUUGGCUUUAUUGAGUGCAUGCAGAAAGCACUCUAAUUUAGAUUUAGCCAAAAGAGCUGCAAAUCAGAUAUUUGAAAUAGAGCCCGAUUGUAGUGCUGCAUAUGUAUUGCUGUCAAACUUGUAUGCAUCUUCGAGCAGAUGGGCUGAAGUAGCUUUGAUACGGAGAAAAAUGAAACAUAAUGGAGUUGUGAAGAAACCAGGAUCCAGUUGGCUAACCUUAAAAGGAAAAAAGCACAAAUUUCUCUCUGCAGAUAGGUCUCAUCCUCUUGCUGAGAAAAUUUAUCAAAAGCUAGAGUGGCUAGGAGUGAAGUUAAAAGAAUUAGGUUAUGUUCCAGAUCAACAAUUCGCUUUGCAUGAUGUUGAAACUGAGCAAAAAGAAGAAAUGUUGUCUUACCAUAGUGAAAGGCUUGCAAUUGCAUUUGGGUUGCUUAGCACUGUUGAAGGCAGUGCAAUAACAGUAAUGAAAAAUCUACGUGUAUGUGGUGAUUGUCAUAAUGCAAUAAAGCUUAUGGCAAAGAUUGUUGACCGUGAGAUUGUAGUACGUGAUUCUAGCCGCUUUCAUCACUUUAAGAAUGGUAUAUGUUCGUGUGGGGAUUAUUGGUAGAACAUUUUUUGUUCAUGCAAAGAGUCUAAUGAUAAUUUAUUCCACCCGGGGCCAUCGUACUUCUUAAAAAUCCGACGAACAAAAAAUUAUACGAAUGGGAGUGACUAUUUUUUUUGCUCU